AUGCAGCACGCGAUGGAGCUGUCUCGAAGACAGCUCCAGGCGGAGAAGUCCGCCGCGGAGUCGGAGCGCGCGGCGGUCGCGCGCGCGUCCAAGUUGAGUAAAAAGUCAUCCGCGCGAGAGAAGAAGCUCCCGGGCACGGUCGCCGCGGACGGCUUCGACGCGACCGCGCUCGAGGCGGCAAUGAAACUGAGCAAGGAGACGCACGACGCGCACCAGGCGAAGGUCACCGAGGCGGAGGCGAAGAAACGCGCGGCGGAGGAGGCGAAGCGAGCCGCGGAGCGCGCGGAAGCGGACGCCGCGCGAGCGGAGGAGGAAGACUUGCGGAAAGCGAUGGCGUUGUCCGCUUCGGCGUUGAGCGCGGAAGCCGUCGUCGCGCGGCGCGAGCGGGAGGAGCUCGAGGCUGCGAUCGCGGCGUCGCUCGAGCUGAGCGAGAAGGAGGGCGGCGCCGGCGGCGGCGGCGGCGAGAUCGAACCGAGCGCGCUCGGCGGCGGCGGCCGCGGGUACGCGUCGUCUUCGUCGUUCCCGCGCGCCGGCGUCGUCGCGUCCGGGUCGCUCCCGCCGAUCCAGCGCGCGCACCAGCCCGCGGGCUACCGCUCCGACCCUAACGUCGUCGGAGUGGACGGGGUAGGACGCAACGACAUGGCCGCGGUGCGCGCGGCGGCGGCGGCGGCGGCGGCGUCGCAAGUCGCCGUCGUCGCGGCGAAUCGCGAGCGCACCGAGUCCGCGGCGGUGCUGUCGGAGGAGGAGCAGAACGCGAAGCGCGCGCAGCUGCGGAACGAGCUCGCGACGGCGAUGCGCGAGGAGCUGAGCGGGAAGCUCGGGAGCAUCGCGGAGAGCGGGCGAGCGGCGGAGAGAUAG